AUGGGGAUCGGCGAUGAUAACUCCUGGGAGUGGGAUGAGCGAUCGGAGGGAGACUCCGGCAAUCCCGGGUGUUGUGUGUGGUGGAUUGGUGGAGCGAACAAAACAUGGGAGUCCACACCUUCCCUUUUGGCUUGGGUCGGUCAGCCGCUACCUGUUGCACGGCGUGUGGUCUUGCAUGCUGAUGAGGGCGGGCUGCUUCUGCCCGUGGCCCUCUCGGUGCGUAUCUUAAACCUCCUUCCGAAAUCGACCUCCCUCGGAUUCCUCAUUUUCGCCUCUUCCGCCGUUAACCGCGAUCGCGGCGAGGCCUGCUCUCGAGGAUUUGAUUGCGUCGAGAUGGAAGCGAUGAGAAGGGCUGCGCGGCGUCACCUCGUCCAAUCCGUCCUCCGCCGCGACUUCCCUCCUCACCCGUUAUCUUCCUUCUCGGCAGUCGCUGCCCCGAGGAACGUGCCGACGGCCGCCCGUUUCGCCAGCGGAUCUGAUGUAACGACAGCGCACUGGUCGAGACGGUGCCCUUCACCUCCACCUGCCGCUUCAGCGAAGACCUUCCCCGUUGGCUUGGCUGGCGCACUAACCUUCUCGUUGGCUCUCGUGACCAUGGCGGAGGCCAAGGAGCAACACUCUCCCGAGCGGAUUCCCAAGGAUGUCGUACUUUACCAGUAUGAGGCUUGCCCCUUCUGCAAUAAGGUCAAAGCAUUUCUUGACUAUCAUGAUAUACGAUACAAAAUUGUGGAGGUGAAUCCUUUAAGCAAGAAGGAGAUAGAGUGGUCUGAUUAUAAGAAGGUUCCAAUACUGGUUGUGAACGGGGAGCAGCUAAUUAAUUCAUCAGAUAUAGUGAGAAACUUAGAUGCCAGGCUGCAUCCUGAGAAAGUCACUGAUGACGAAGAGGCCAAAUGGCUUAGGCGGGUUGAUGAUCACCUUGUUCAUAUGUUGGCACCAAACAUUUACAGAACAACUUCAGAGGCGCUGGAAUCUUUUGAUUACAUAGCUAACAAUGGAAAUUUCACUACUACAGAGAGACUCGCGGUGAAAUAUGCUGGAGCAGCAAUCAUGUACGUGUUGUCCAAGAAACUCAAGAAGAAAUAUGGCAUUACAGAUGAACGUGCCUCAUUGUAUGAAGCUGCAGAAACAUGGAUUAUAGCUCUUAAUGGCAGAUAUUUUCUUGGUGGAUCAAGGCCGAACUUGUCAGACCUUGCUGUUUUUGGCGUUCUGAGGCCAAUUAGGCACCUAAAAUCCGGCAAAGAUAUGGUGGAGAACACUAAUAUCGGCGAAUGGUAUCAGAGAAUGGAAAACAUUGUUGGAGGGUCAGCAAGGAUAGCAGUUUAAUGUGUUAGUAUUUCAACUUGUAAAGCGUUCUGUUGGUGAAAAUUAUGAAUUAUUAAUCAAGACCUCUCACAGGGAUUUAUUUCUACCA